GCAAUAUAAGGCUUCUACAGGCAUCACUUUUCUUAAAAAAUUAAGGUUUGAUUGGAAAAACUAGAUGUGUUUAUAGGUUGAAGAAAUAGCUUGUUUUAACUUCUGUGAUGUUAUUAACUGAAAAUGAAUUAGAAUGUGUAUAUUUAUGUGCUCGUUAAAAUGUCCUGACAUACAUUUGCAUUGCUAUUGGCAGUUGGUUCUAACUGCAGUUACCCAAGGCCCGGUGGGCCUCAUUCACCUGCAGUAAACCCAAAUCAGAACAGUGACAUAAAUGUAAACCUGCCCAGAGUAAAGGGCCAUAAAUAAAAACAAAUGUCUAGAAACCCACUGCGCCAUAGACGUGGGUGACAGGGUGUACUUGUCAUACUGGGUGGUGUCAAUUCUGCCACCGGUCGGCAACAUGGCAGCCCUUUGUGUGGGCUGGGUGCUGUUCCUGAUCGGGCUCCCUGCCUGCACCCUGGGGGUUCGCAAUAGGGAGCACCUGCCUUGUGGGUACCACUGUGAGUGUCUUGAUUCUGUAUGUCCCGUUGAGCCAGCUCCAUCUGCGUCUUCAUGUUGCCCUCUCCCUACGCUGUUGGCACCAGGGGCUUCCUGAUGACUGCUCUCCUCAUUCUGAGCUGGGCUGUGUCAUUUUCUCUGAUCAGAAUAUACAGGUCCUCGUCUAGAUCUUCCAUGUGGGGUUUUCCUCUGUCUCUCACUGACCCCCAUCCUUGCAUGUUGAUCUGGCAUCCGGUUUCUGCUUCCAGUGACUUGGCCCCACUAAUCUGCCUAUAUAAGUUAUAAUCGGGCUAGUCUUUUACAGGCACAAAGCUUCUCCUGCAGGUGAAUGAGGCCCACCGGGCCUUGGGUAACUGCAGAGGUUGUUUGUCUACAACAUGUCGUUGGACAUGUUAUCCUGCAUUCUAUUGAUCUCUUCAUCCAUAAGCUUCUCUGUGUCUGUCAAGAUGCAAAACAGAUUUGGAUAACUGGUCAUAAUCUUUUCAGGUAACGAUUGUGUCAAAUAGGCAGGACUCUGUCUCCCCUUCUGUCUCCCUAGUGUCAUCUUUCUGUCAUCAAGAGUGCAAGGUCUUUUUUUAUCAACAGAAAAAAAGCUUGGAAAUCUGGUCAGAAUCUGGUUAAGUUUGAUCUCCAUAGUUAUCAAUGAUUUAUGUUAGGACCAUCUCUCUCACAUUGUGACAUCACCAAAAGAGCAUUGUUCUUCUGUGAGCAUUUGUGCCUGUGUUAAAGGUGGAAAGCCAUGACCAGUGUGAGCUUGUGGACUGUCACAGAGGAACUGUGAAGAUGGCCAGCCUUACAAGUUCCACCUCCGAUGACAAGCAGAAACACACCACAGCUCCGGGUAUUUCAGGGGAGGCGGAGCGUUCAGGGAAGAGCAGUGACACCGCGGAGGAGGACAUGCCAGCUGAGGGGGGAGUGGAGAAUCAGAUCAACGAACAGCACCUUCGCCGCAUUGAACGCAUGUUCAGAGAGGCUGACACGGAUGGAGGGGGGGGGUUGGAUAUGGCUCAGUUCCGAGAUGCGAUGAAGAAGAUCAUGGGCGAUGUGGAUGACGAGGAUGUGGACAUUAUCUUUAUGAAGGUGGACACCAACUGUGACGGCAGAAUGGACUGGGUUGAAUAUCUGAACUACAUGCUUUUAGAGUACAGAGAGAAAGACUCUUUGCAGCAGCAAAACAGGCCAAUCUACUUUCCCAAACCACUCAAGAUUGUGCCUGUUGCACACUGUGAGACCAUUGUCCGGCUCCAGUUCUACCCAUUCCAGCCUCCAGCCGGGGAGAAAAAGACAGACUCUGGGGAGCAUGGCAGGGCCUCGGGGGGUUCUAAGGGCCGCGCCCACAGUGGACGCUACCUGUCAAUCAGCCGUGAUGGCGUUCUCAACUACUGGAGCGAGAGGUUCAAGCUGCUGCGCACUGUCAAUAUAAGUCAGAUGCAGCACACAGUGGCCCAGCCCGUCUGGGUGACAGACAUGGCCUGCCUGAGCAACAUCAACCAGCUCUCCAUCUCCUCCACAGGGCGAGACGUAGAAUUCUAUGACAUCAGUGCCAGUAAGUGUGACAUAGUGUUCUCCCUGUCGGAGCUGGAGGCCAACGUGGAGGUGAUGGACUACUGGACAGAUGGUAAGAGAGGAGUGUACUCCAUUGGGGAUGCCAGUGGCACCAUAUACAUCUUUGUCUCCUCUGAUGUGGUCCAUAAUGGCCUGUUCAACAGUGCUGCCUUCAAGACAGGAACAAACUAUCGCAUCCCCGUGUCAGCCCUGCUCAAAAACACCUCCAGCUCAUUUCUCUGCUUUCGAGUCCCCAGCCACAAUGACUGGAUCCACCAGAUCCGCUACAUCCCAGAGUUGAAUGCCAUCGCCACCUGCUGUGCGGCAGACCAAACUUCCAUGAUCCUGACCACGCUGCCCCACUCACGCAAGUGUAAAAUUCAAACUGCAAACUUUCACAUGCAGAAGGGAAUUCUGUGUUUUGACUACUCACCUGAGCUCAACGUUCUGGUGACUGGAUGCUUCGAUCGGGUUGUGAGGGUCUGGAACCCCUAUGUGACCAAUCAGGCCACAUCACAGAUGAAAGGUCACUGCACCAUCAUCACUCACAUCGCUGUCAACGGCAGAGACAACAAGAUCAUCAGUGUCUCCAAAGACAAGAAUGUGCGGGUGUGGGACCUGCAGGACAGUGUCUGCCUCCAGAACAUCCAAUCCAGGAACGUCAACAUGGGCUGCUUCCCCAUCACCAGCACCUACUAUAACCACACCAGUAACACCAUGGUGAUGGCUACGUACCUAAUUGGAGUUCUUCGAGGGUCUAUGGAGGAUGCAAACUGCUCUGUACCCACAGCUACAACAUCACAUGAACAGCCACUCUGUGCUGCUCUCUACAACUCCAACUUCAAACAGGUGGUAAGUGGGUGCCAUGCGGGCGUGGUCAGUGUGUGGGACAUCCUGACGGGGGAGAAGGUAAUGCAGUUCCAAACGACCCCUGAGCGACCAGUUGAAGUCACUGCCAUGACAUUCGACGGGCCCAAACGCCGCCUCAUCACCGGGUCUAAAGACGGCACCCUGCGUCUCUGGAACUUCAACAACGGGGCUCUCCUUUCUGAACUGCCCCUGGUGGACAGCAAUGAGGUUACAGGGAUUCUGUACAUCAACGAGAGGAUUUAUGUUUCAGGCUGGAGCAAACGGGUCAUGUGGUAUCUGGACAAUAAGGAGGAGGAUAAGAUGGAGCACCGCGUGUGGAACCAGUACCACUCAGACGACAUCUAUUCCAUGCACGCCCACGGCAGCAAGAUGCUGGUGACUGCCUCCUACAGCGGUGAUGUCAUUGUCUGGAACAUAGAUUCAGGGCAAGCCUUCUGCCGUUUCAACGCUAGCGAGAGCCCACUGCCCCUCUUACCCAUACGGGUGAUAGAGAAACCAGGCCAGGUGGUGACUGUUAUGAGUCCAGACGGUUUGGGGAAAGAGGAUGAGGACGAUGUGUGGCUCCGCUCUAUGGUGGAAUUUCUUGAGACCGUGAGCCAGACUCUCAACCCUCAGGCUCGUCGUCCCAGCUGUGCCAACCCUGCCCACACCAACGUCAUACAGCAAAUCAAUCAAGCCCGGCGUUGCAGUAUUCCAGAGCCCCCUCCUGAUCCUGUGAUUCAGGGGCCUCGCGCCAACAUGCGGCAUGGCCGGAGGGGUAGCAUCUCGGCUCCAGUCUCUGCUUUACUGCCCCAGCCGGUCACAGUCUCCAUGGGUAGGCGGACGACACUGCUGCCCAGACGCAAGAGCAAAACCAUCAACCUAGACGAGCUGGAGAAGCCUCGGUUUGCAGUGGAGAAAGUGUUGUUUCUGGCCACCCGUGAGCGUAGCCCUGACACGGCCAUCCUCCUGACCAGCUCAGCAGACGGCUACAUCUACGCCUGGUCUAUCGGCCGUAACGGAGGGCUGCUGGGGAAAUUCCGUGCCGUGCAUAACAAGGGGCCAGUCAUCUGUGCCAUGUUCACUGACAGACAGGACCAGAUACUGCUCACUGGAGACAGCAACGGAUACAUCACGCUGUGGGACAUUGAGAAGUACUGUUACCGUAUGAGGGGUGGGGGGGCUGAGGAGGAAUCAUCCAAUGAGGACUCUCUGAGGUUGCCUCAACUCAUACCUCCCUACUGCAAAGUGGAGGGACCACGGAGGCUGGUGGUGGAGCAGGACAAAGAGAUUUUGCAGGGAUGGAGUGUGUCCCUGAUCCCCCCUAGGCCCCUGAGUUCCUGGCGCUGCCACCUGAAAGGGAUCGUUCAUCUUGAGUAUGUGGAGCGUUUCCGCCUCAUCGUCACAGCCAGCCUGGACUGUAACGUACGUCUGUGGACCACCGCUGGCAGAUACAUCGGUACAUUUGGGCAGGGCCUGUGGCGGGUGGGCGAUCCCAAGGCCCUCCACACAGAGCUCCCAGUGGACCUGAAGAGGAUGGGGUCAUGUCAGACACUUAAAGUCCUUAAUGAGGGGAAGUACCCGCACUGGAGCUGUGCCAAACGCAUCCUGGAGGGCCUGACUGCACAGAAGAGUCAGCAGUCGACAAAGUUUGGUGGGGUCACAACGCAGCUGAGGGAACUGGUUCCUACCGACCCAAGGAUCGUCAAGUACACCGACGAGCAGAUUGAGAACACAUGGAGACUGUGGCAGGAGAAGGGAAGGCAGACCAGCAGCAUUUUAGGACGAGCAUACAAACAGAAAGUGAGACAUCACCUUCCGUCCUGUACCCCUGACCUCCAGACAACCUUCAGCAGUCAAGAGCAGUUGAGGGUGUAUAAGGCCUUGCCCUACAGCGUUCUGCGGCCCGUCACCCUGCCCCCUGUCCCAGAGCUUCUGAAGGACCAUCAACACAGGUUAAAUGAGGGCACAGACACUGCCGCCAAGCAGAAGAGGAGCACUAAGCGCCGGCCCCACUCACACACACGCUACCUGGCUGCUCCUCCGUGACCAGCAACUCCCAGGUGCUAAUAUGACCCUCGCUGAUUACAUUCAGAAAUAAAAAUGAGUCUGGCAAGGCA